CAAUAAUUGCCCUGCGAGUUUUGUGGAUGGUAAUGACAUACCUACACUCAACUGGAAUCUGGAAACUCAAACCUUGGCAUCCCAUUACAUUGUUUGACGCCGGAACAUCAUUUCAGAGGUGGGAAUCAGCACUGCGGAGCAGCUUCAAACGGUUCAAAGCCUAUAAAAAUUAUUCGCUUUUGAGCUGCGCUCCCGAACUAACCACGAAAGAACGCGGAGUUGAACGGUCGCAUUACUCGUAUAUUCAGUCCGCGAAAAGCGCAAACGAUCAAGUUUCCGCGAGCAUACCGCGAGCGUCUUUCUUACCUAACCGAGUUGGAUACCAAACAGAAACCAUGUGGGAACCGGAGGCAGUGUACUUGAUUUCAGCCGUGUUUGCCCUUGCCAUGUACUGGUGGUGGUGGUCCCGAAGGAAAAUUCUUGCAGCCGUCGCCAACAUGAACGGACCACCAGCUCUUCCAUUGAUUGGCCAUCUCUACAUAAUGGUGAAAUUUACAACAACAGAGGCAAUCUACCAUAACCUAAAAACGUUCGGUGACAAAUAUCCUUCGCCCCUGUGUAUCCAUUUAGGAACCUUGGUACACGUGUUCUUGUACAGCCCGGAAGAACUGCAAAUCAUGCUGAACUCACCAUUCUGCCUCAGCAAAUCAAUCCACUACAAAUUUCUUCGCGUUGAUGGAGGUAUCUUCGCUGCCCCUGGACACAUUUGGAAGGGUCAAAGAAAAUUACUUAACCUUUCGUUGGGACCAGCUAUACUCAACAGCUCCGUGGCAAUGUUUAACGAGAAGAGUGACAUUCUCAUCAAACGGCUGGAAGAAUACGCGGAUGGAAUAGAGCGUGACUACUAUCACGACAUCGCCAAAUGUACACUGGAUGUUAUUUACUACGCCGCGCUGGGCCUGGACUUCGACUUGCAGCGAACUCGAACCGGAGAUUAUUAUUUGAGUAUGCAAGACGAAUUCAUCGAUAUUGUGGCGAAAAGAAUUUUUUCACCAUCUCUGUAUCCAGAGUUCACCUACCGGAUGACUAAAUCGUAUAAAAGGGAACAACAAUUACUCAACGAAGCACGGGUGCUAACGAAACGAAUAAUGCAAGAACGCAAAGUGAACGAGAGGCUAUCAUCGAAAAAAGGUUCAAAGGAAUCUACUAGGACGGAAAUUGAUGGCAAAAUACCACUGAAUUUUCUGGAUGCGCUAUUGGAACUUGCUCGAGAUAACAAACACCUAACUCAGGAGGCCAUCAUUCAACACUUGGAUACAAUAAUAUUUGCUGGCAGUGACACAACGGCAACUACGAUGAGCAGCCUACUGCUAAUGCUUGCAAUUCACCCAGAUGUUCAGGAACGGGUCUACCAAGAAGUCAUGGAAGCCUGUCCCGACAAAGACCAGUCAGUGUCAUUGGAAGACCUGUCAAAACUCACCUACACUGAAAUGGUGUGUAAGGAGACGAUGCGAUUGUUCCCGGUUGCUCCAAUAGUAGCCAGAAUAUCGACACAGGACAUUAAACUUAACGAUCGUAACACUAUUCCCGCCAAGUCAGUGAUUGUAGGUGCCAUCUACCAGGUUCAAAGGGACCCGAAAAUAUGGGGCCCCGAUGCACACCUAUUCAAUCCAGAUCACUUCUUACCGGAAAACGCAUCCCAGAGGCAUCCCUAUGCUUAUAUUCCCUUCAGUGGUGGAAUUCGAAACUGUUUGGGUAUACGAUACGCGUGGGUUUUGAUGAAAAUCAUGAUAGUUCAUCUGAUAAGGAAGUAUCAAUUUAAAACGUCGCUUCGGAUGGAUUCGAUCAAUAUAAAAUAUUCGAUCAUCUUAAAGAUCACAAACGGAUGCUUGGUCAGUCUGGAAAAACAAGCACAUCACAGUUUUUCCGAAUACUAUUUACUAUCAAGCGUGCACCAUAGGAGCAACAUGUUCGGUCUUUUGUUCACAUUGUUCUUGAUCACGACACUUUCUUACUACUAUCAUUUCCGGAGGUCGCGAAAGCGAUUGUACGAAUUGGCGGCCAAGCUUCCAGGACCGUUAGAUUUGCCAUUGAUCGGCAUCACGCACUUGGCCUUCCGAGGAAGCCCAACGGAAACAUUCGACCAUUUGCUUCAGUACUUGCACAAAUUACCGUCACCGAUGCGGGCAUGGUGCGGACCAUUGCUCUUUGUUGUCGUAGAUCAACCGGAGCAUCUAGCUAUCGUCCUGAACUCACAGGACUGCAUCAAACGAGCGAGUGUAUACCAGUUCAUAGGACUUGAAAAGGGAGUGUUCAAUGCAGCGCCGGACCUGUGGAGAAAACUUCGGAAGCAGCUCAAUCCUUCGUUUGCUGUUCCUGCCUUGAAAAGCUUUGCGCCCACAUUUAACGAAAAAGCUGAUUUACUGGUGAAGAAUUUGGAGUGCAUGGUCGGAGAGAAACCAUUCGAUCUUUUAUAUCAGGCGAGUGAAUAUAUGCUCGCGACGAGUGCGAUCAAUUCGUUGGGAUUGGAUAUGGACGAUGACAUUAAUUACAAGCAACGCUAUUUGAAGAACACUGAACGAUUGUUCACACUCGUAAUGAAUCGCAUUUUCAAGGCCUGGCUGUAUCCGGAAUGUAUCUAUAGACUAACAUCCAGUUACCGGGAGGAGAUGAAUCGCCGUGACAUGCUUCAGGAAGUGUCGAAAAAGGUGUUCGCAAUGCGUAAAGAGGCUAAACGGAAGGAGUCGCGAUCAGCGACAAGUACCGACCGAGAUGAGAACAAUUUCCGCCGUCCACAGAUUUUCAUCGAUAAACUGGAGUGUAUUGCCGACGAAAUGGGAAUUCUGGACGAGGAUGGCGUGAUACAAAACUUGGUCACCUUUAUAUUCGCCAGCAACGAUACGACGUCAUCCGCCAUGGCUACAACUGUGCUUAUGCUGGCAAUGCAUCCGAAAGUGCAAGAAAGGGUCUUCCAGGAAGUUAUCAGUAAUGUUCCAGGUUCUUACAUCGAUUAUGACGAUUUACCGAAACUUGCCUAUUUGGAAAUGGUUAUCAAGGAGGCGAUCCGUCUGUUCCCUAUUGUACCAGCAAUUGGACGCCUGUGCGAGAAAGAAUUACAAAUUGGCGAGUUCAUAAUUCCAGCAAACGCUCAAAUUGUGAUUCCGGUAAUAAAGAUCAAUCGGAAUAAAAACGUCUGGGGUGAAAUGUCUGAUCAAUUCGAUCCGGAAAAUUUCUCUGAAGAGAAAUGUGCAAAGCGACACCCACACGCUUAUCUUAGCUUCAGUGGGGGGAUUAGAAACUGUAUAGGUAUCAAGUAUGCAAUGAUAGCCAUGAAAAUCGGUCUUGUCAAACUUAUAAAGAGCUAUGUAUUUUCAACUGACUUGUCGUUGGCUGAUGUUAAGUUUCAUUUUUCGAUUGUGCGACGUAUUUCGAACGGAUUGGUGAAACUAGAAAAGCGUGAAAAACAAGCAUCACUUAGUUGAGUGCGAAAAAUCAAUAAGUGAAUUUGAGUAGUUCAGACCUUUCUGCAGACAACAUGGCAAUCAAAAAAUGAUACUCCUAGAAUGUAAGUCGCAAAAUGUAAACAAAGCAGGUUUUUAUUGCAGGUGAUUUAAAGCAAUGUAUUAAACCUACUAAUUUCAUUCAA